AUGGCUUCUACCGGCAAACUGGAGGCUAGCAGCCCCCUACCUCUGACCACGGAGCAACUGACGGCUGAGUGGUUCACAAAAAUCCUUGGACGCGAGGUCACAAACGUCACCAUUGGAGAAGUUAUGCAUGGUACGGCAUCGAAAAUCCUCGUCGAGUUGACUUACAAGGACCCUGCCCCUGGAGCACCCACUCAUGUCUGCGUCAAGGGCGGCUUCAAUCCCCAGCUGCUGGCUCUGCACCCGGCUCUAUUUGCCGUGUACCGCCUCGAAGCCGAAUUCUACCAUUACAUUGCCCCAACAGUGAAGAUGCUUCUAUCGCCCUCGUACUACAAUGGUGUUGAUACCAAGAGUGGACAGGGGAUUGUUGUACUUCAAGACCUGAAGGCGGCGGGAUACACGUUUGGAGAUCCCCUGGAGCCGUUCCCAGUCGACCGUGUCCGCAAAGGUGUUGAAGAGCUCGCAGCCUUGCAUGCGUUAACCUGGGGCGGCAAGCAGGAGGACUUCCCGUGGUACUCGCCCGGCCUAUCUCUUCGUGAUGUUAUCUCAUCAAUGUUGGUGCAGUCAGAGUGGGACAAGCGCUUCCUAGGCGACGCCCGCCCGCCUGUAGCGGAUUACCUGGUAGAUCGUGAGAGGAUUAUUGCGGCAUACCAGACCUUGUGGAGUACGACAGACCCGAGACUGCGGUGCAUCCUGCAUGGUGACUCGCACAUCGGCAACACGUUCGUGACACCUUCAGGGGAGCCUGGUUUCCUGGACUGGCAGGGCAUACACAUUGGCUCGGCAAUUCAUGACAUUGCCUAUUUUAUUACCGGCUCCCUAACCAUUGAGGACCGAAGGAACAACGAGAUAGAGCUAUACCAGCACUACCUUGACUCGCUACAUAAAGCUGGUGGUCCCAAGUUUGAGAGGGAGGAAGUGUGGGAUGAAUACAGAAAACAGCAGCUCCACGGCUUUGCGUGGGCUCUCACAGGCCCAAUGAUGCAGACCAGGGAGAGGGUGGACAUCAUGUCCGAACGCCACAGCGCCGCCAUUGUUGAUCACAAGAGUCUGGAGCUGCUUGAGGCAAUGCCAGAGCACCGCAAGGCUUGA